AGUGAAGGUUCUGAUCCAGCAAUGAUCUGAUUAGGGAUCUGAUUUAAUCUCUACGUUUUUAUUUAGUUUAGCUUUUUUUUAAUCUGUAAUGAGCUUUUAUUACAUGUACUGCUUUAGAACUUGCAUUUAAUUGCAUCUAUGGUAAUCUGAGUAAAAGGUUCUAUCAAAGCAGCAGCUUGUUUAUCAUAAGCAGGUUCUGCGAUCCUGAACUGAAGAAGUUCUGUUAGUAGAAAGUGUUUUAACUGGAGGUUUUAGCCCUAAAUGAUCAGACCAGAGUGAAGGAGGACCAGUAUACAGACCUGAAGAUCCAAACGGACUGAGAGGAACUGGAGACGUUUCAGGACGUCUCACUUCUCUGCUUCCUUCAGAUAUUCUUCCCUCCUCAUUUAAAGCCAGUGUUUUCUCUGAUGCGAUGUUCACAAGAACUUCCUCUCUGACCCGGAAGAACAGAGCCGACGGGCAGGUUAUUGGUCAUCAGGUGCUUGGCUGCUGAUUGGCUGCUGGUUGGCUCCUGCUUGGGGUGAUGAUGAUGUGUUUCCGUGGAAACCGGGAUGAGUUUUAUGGGGAGGUCCUCCUAUUGGAUGGCAGGAGGCUGCCUCUGACCUCUGAGCAGGGCAUCAAGAGGUCUUCCAAGGCGGUGGCCAUCUUCCAGCUGGUGGCUUCUCACCUGAACCUGGUCCAGGUCCAGUUCUUCGGACUCAGAUUUUGCGACAACAAACAGCGUUUGUUCUGGUUGGAUCCGACCAGAACUCUGCUGCAGCAUCAAGAGCUCAUCGGGCCUCCAUACAUUUUCUACUUUGGAGUAAAGUUCUACGUGGAAGAUCCAGUGAAGCUGCCGGACGAAACUACAAGGGGUCAGUUUUACCUGCAGCUCCGUCAGGACAUCCAGAGAGGGGUUCUGCCAUGCCCCGCCCACCUUAAACCCCACCUUUUGGCCCUGAUGCUGCAGGCGGACCGCGGGGACCACUGUGGAGAAACAACGUCUGAGGACCAGCAGGAAGUUCAGCUCAUCCAUCGAACACUGAGCGGAGUCCCCCGCCUUCAGGCUCAGAACCACUUCCUGUCCCUCUGCAGCUCGCUGCAGAUGUAUGGCGUCACCCUGUUCGCCGCCUGCGGGCAGAACCGCACCGAGUACUUCCUGGGCCCAACCCCAGUGGGUGUGGUCAUCUUCAAGAACAAGGUGCUGGUGGGAAAAUAUCUCUGGCAAAGAAUCACCAAACUACGCUUUAAGGACGAGACCUUCGAGCUCGAAGUCUGCAGCAGAAACGUGAGCUCCCAUUGGCUGACAGAUGAUGAUGAGGAAGAGGUUGAUGAAGAUGGUGAUCAGAUUGUGUUUCAGGGCUCGGAGGCGUCGUUCUUCUUCCAGAUGUACGAUCGCUGUGACUGCAGGCGUCUGUGGAGGUGCUGUGUCGAACAUCACGCCUUCUUCAGGAUGUCGGACGGAAACACGGCGACGCUGCGUCUGAAACACAGCAGUUUCGCCCGUUCUUCAUCUCUGACUCUUCCUCGGCUAAAAGGCAACCGGCUGAAAAGUCUUGACAAGAAAACAGCAGCAGACGAUUGUGCGAAAACCACACCGUUCACCAAUCAGAAAGCAAGUGAGAUCAGCGAACCAAUGAUCCGGCAGAUGGCGCCUGCUGCUGUUCAGAGGUCAGAGGGCGGAGCUACGGUUGACCUCAUGAAGCCCAGUGCACCAUGGGAAAACAGCCAAUCUGUAAAAGGCCUUUUCAACCCAAAGUUUCCAUCAAACAUCAGAGAAGAACAAGGAGGUCAACAAAGGCGUAGCAGAAGUCUUGAUGGUGAUCGACCAACCAGAGGACAGAGGAGGAGGUCUAGUUCCCAUGGCAACACCAGCAGUGGCAGUGAAUCUGGAAGGAUGAGUACCGGAAAACAACGACACAGACGGCGGAGUCCUGACGCCCAAAUAUGGAAGCACAUCCAGAAGCAGCUGGUGGAGCCUGAAGGUCUAAAUGACAGACAGAUAGAGGAAAUACCAUAUAAGGAAGUGAGAGUUUCAGCUAAACCAAUAAGAAUGCAUCGUUCUUCAAGGGGGCGGCGACAUCGACGGUGGGCGUCAGCUUCAGAGCUGCGGUCUAAAGCGGAGGUGGUGCUGCCUCUGUCCGUUACCAUGGCAACCGCCACCUAUCCAGCAGAAGCGCCACUCAGCCAGCAAGGCGGCCAGAAUACGCAUGAUGCUACCACGGCAACAGCAACCAGUGCAGGGCCUCUGAGGACCAGCAGGGAGUGUAAAGACUGGAAAACAUAGAAAAAGAAUUUAAAGUAGUUUUUUCUAACAUCGCCAUGGUAACCCUGACUGUCCAUGUCCACCUGAAACAGCUGUUUCCAUUCUAGUGGAUGUAAGGAUGGGCCGAUGGAUGGUCAUGUAUGGAGUGAAGUUUGUUCCAUUAUUGUUGCAAAGAACGUGUUCUGUUAGAAAUGACCCCUCAUCUGGGCUAAACCGAACUGAAUGAGAACCAAAGCAGAUUAGUUAACUGCUUUUUGCAAUUUUAUCAGGAGAUUAUGGACAUAUUAACUAGAACUGGAUGUUAUAGUUAAUUAAUAGGUCAUUCAAAUAAAGGGUAAAACCAAUUAAUGAUUAUUAGUUAAAUGAUUUUAACUAAUAUCUGCUUACGCUCUCUGCCACAUUAAAGUCUUUUAUCCAACCGCUGGAACUUUACUGUUUGCCACAAAAUGUGAGAGAAAAAAGCUUUAAAUUUUAAGAUUAUCUGUUGGCUUGUUUUUUUUUUAUUAUACAUUCCCUGCUCCAUAGUUUUUUUUUUGUCUGUCUUUUAAUUUGUUGCUUUACGCUUCGGUUCUGGUUUGGUUUUUAUCUUUUAAAGUCGAAAUUAUGUCUAUAAUUAUGACUUUCUAUUUGGCUUUUAUUUUUUACUUUCAUGUGGCAGAAAUGGGGUUCCAUAGAUGGUUUUAAUGAUAGGAUUAAAAGUGGUUUGCUUGUAAUUUGUAUUUAUCACAAAAAGCAUUACAAGAAAAAAGUAUUUAUCUGUUGGCUAAAUGUAAAAACACCUUUUUCCAUCCUAUUAAACAGUGAUUUGUAUUGUACUGUAAUAUAACAGGUAUUCCAUUCGGGUGAAUUGGUGUAAAGGUUUGAUUGUAUAAGAUUUUCCAAUUCAUUUACACUUGCUGGUGAAAAUGUGAAAGUUUGACGGAGACGUUGAAUCAUAAAAUACUUGAUGAUGAA